GUCAGCUUCGCCAUAUGCGUUUAACUUGUUUUGUAUACCGAGGUUGACGCCCCCCGGCCCCCAGUCCGUUGAUUGUCUGUGUACGAGCACAUACUACGUUUUCUUUUUAUCUUUGUGUAAAGCUUGUGUUUUUUUCUUGUUUUUCGCGCGUGUAUAUUAUUGUCUAACCCAAGUGACUGAUAAAAAUGGAGCCACCGAAAGUGUAUUCUGUGCAGAAUCUUUUAAAAGCACCGCUAUCUUUUGAUGAGAAACUUUUAGUUAAGAAGGGAGGAAGACCUAUUCCCGAUCUUCAAAUUAGCUCCACGUCUGCAAGCAAAACCCGAACUUACAGACGAGUAUUCAACAGGAAUAUCUAUGAAAAGUACGAGUGGAUGUGCGGAUGUUCGGUAACAAAUAAACUCUUCUGUUUUAUGUGCUUAAUUUUUAAGGAAGAAGUUAGUGCGUGGAAUACUAAAGGAUUGGAUGAUUUAAAACACAUGGCGGAGAGGGCGAAGAAACACGAAAAUUCCGUUUCUCACAUGAACGCAUGCAUGGAUUUUAGUUUGUUAGGCAAAGGGAACAUACGUGAACAAUUGGGCAGUGCUUAUUUGCGGGAUAAAAUUAAACACAACGAAAAUGUGGAAAAAAAUCGACAUAUUUUGCGCCGAUUAAUUAUGUGUAUAAAAUUUUGCGGUGCCUUUGAAUUGGCGUUACGACGUCUUGAUGAAACAUUGACGUCUGAUAAUCCUGGGAUCUAUGUAGGCUUAGUCAACUUUGCAUCGGAAUUAGAUGCCGUGCUGGCAGCAAAUAUGGAAGGUUCGCAGGUUUUUAAAGGCGCCUCGAAAACUAUAAAAAACGAAUUGUUAGAUGCAAUGUUGCACGUUUAUAAGCAGGAAGUCUUAAAAGAAAUCCAAUCUGCAAAUUUCAUUGCUUUGGAGGCCGAUGAAACAACAGACACCUCUAAUCCACAGCAAAUGGUUGUUAUAAUUCGUUAUGUCCUUAACGGACAGAUUUGUGAACGAUUUUGGUCUUUUUUUAAACCGGGGGGACAUAACGCCGGUAUAGUAGCAAACACGUUGCUGAAUGAAUUAGAAACUAUUUUAAAUUUAAAUUAUCCCGCGUCUGAUAACAAUACAUCGGCCAAUAAAAAUAAAUUAAUCGCCCAAACUUAUGACGGGGCGUCCGUUAUGAGUGGCAAAAUAAAUGGUGUCCAAGCGAUUAUUAAAAGAACGUUUCUGCAUGCACAUUAUAUUCAUUCUUACGCGCACCAAUUUAAUUUAAUUAUUGAACGAGCGGCACAGUGUAAUAAAAAUGUAAAAGUUUUCUUUGCAAAUUUGCAAUCAUUUUCAAGAUUUUUUUCUCGAACACCAAAACGAACAGCAAUUGUUGAUGAAAUAGUCCAACACGCGCCUACACGCGGUAAUUUUAAAAGUCGAACUGUGAACGCAUUAUUUGAGCAUCAGCAUUCUUUCAGAGAAUGGCUAGACAAAAUAAUUGACGAAGAUGGGACGGAUUCAGUGACUAUUAGUGAAGCAAGUGGUUUGUUGAACCAUUUGAAUUGCCCAGAUUUUCUCUACUGGUUAAAAAUAUUUCAUUUCAUCAUGCCACACGCUGAAAUAUUAUUCAAUCAUACUGAAAUACGUGGGAUUGAAAGUGCUCAAAUGCAAGCGGCAGUUGAAGAAUUUCAAGAGCAAAUUAUGCUAAUUAGAAAGGCUAUUGUCAAUAUAAAUCAUGAACGCAUUAAUGAAGAACCUACUAUGAAAAGACAGAAACUAACAGCUGGAGAAGACAGAGCUGAUAUUGCUAGGGAAGUGUGUGACACAAUUUUAAGCCAAAUUGUCGACCGAUUUGACUUCAAGGAUCACUUAAGUGCCGCAAAAUUAUUUGAUUCCAAAAAGUUUAAAACUUACAGACGUUCAUUUCCCCAAAGACAUUUUGAUGAAACUGUGAAAUCUUAUCCCAUGUUGGACAGUGUAAAAUUAAAAAGUGAACUUUCAGCACUGUAUGCACGUGAUAACAUGUGCGACGUAAGUGGUCUUUUGCCAUUUUUAGUGUUCAUAACAGACAACGAUCUAAAAAAAGUUAUGACAGAAACAUACAAACUGUUGGAUAUUAUUUGUACAACGCCCAUGCCGACUACCGAAUGUGAACGGUGUCCUUCAACCCUAAAACGCAUUAAAACUUUCCUGAACAAUGUCACAAUAUCAGAAGAUCGACUAAACGCAUUGGCUGUCCUUUCGAUAGAAAAAAAGUUCGUCCAGUCGAUCCCGGAUUUCGAUAAUAAAGUCAUUGAGGUCUUUUCCCGAUUGAAUAAUAGGAGAAUGGAUUUUAUGUAUAAAAAGUAGCAGAUGGCUUUUAUUGAUCACGCUGGAAAAUGAAGAACGGUAAUCUCCCAUCUAUACCUAUAGCAUUAAAUCUGUCGUUUGCAAGUUAAUUAAAUAGUCAUUAGUUAAGUGUUAUUUUUACGAAUUCCUUAUUUGCCAUGAGUUUCCUUUUGCGUCAAUGUUUAAGACGUCAUGAAUCGUAAAUAAGGCAAAUAAGUAAGAAAAAAGCAAAUUCUUGUAUUAUUUUCCCAUAAAAAGAUUUUUAACAUGUUUUGCGCGUUGAUCAAAUUGUAAUUAGAAUUACUCCGUCGUGCAAUUGCGUGUUGUAAUUGUGGGACUACUUUUCCUACGCGGCGUAGGAAUACGUACGUGCCGAUGACGUUGGGUAUAAAAGCAAGUUGGUCGAUUUCGCGCAUUCACUUUGUGCCAGACAGCGAUAGUGAUUGUUUGUUGGUUCGAGUGCACUCAAGACGUCGCCUUCCGCUCCAGAAAAGAAACCAAGUCGCACAAUAGCAAUUCAGUACAUACUCCCAUGAGAAUGUCUGAGGCUUGGGGGUCGUAGUCGUGAUCGUGGAGCUCAUCAUUUGGUUUGUAAAUGAUUUUUGAGUUUAUUUAAUUAAUGUAUAUAGUAUUCCUAGUUUUUGAUCUCUUGUAAUUACUUACUUAAUUAAAAAAAAAUAAAUUUGUUCUCUACUUUGUGAAUUUAUUACUAAUUAAUUUAACUUUACAUGUGAACGGGAACUGUCCCGACUCCUGCCAGCUGAGAACUCCAUAUUACAUUAAGUAGCUGCGAAAAUGCGUGCCGAACUACAAUGGUGUCCCGAUUGUCCUUGAUAAAUUCACUGAAGUAUUGGUGGAUUCCACUAUCUCAUGUGGAACGCUUACGGUUACAGUUGAAAGGCGGUAACACAAAAGAUUUUUAGUCUUCUUUAAUGCAUGUAAAUUUUAUUGGUUAUCGUUUCGUUCUAAGCGUUUUAACUUGUAAACUUUACAUGGAUUAUUGGUGUAACUCGAGUAUUCUUUGAACAGAAUUAAUUGUGCAUGUUAUUUACAGGAGUGUAUGAAUGCCUACCGAACACCAGUCUGUAGUUUUAUGUUAGUUCCUGGUGGGAAGGUGGUGUCGUUCACUCACUGAAAUGCUGCACAUGAAUGCGUGAUUUAGUACUGUAAGCCAUACUUCCUUAGGUGAACCGUUCCUGAAAUGUAGAUACAAGCGUCAUGUAUCUCACUGUAAAUGAAAUCUCUCUCGCUCCAAUGCGUUACCAUCCUCGAACGUCAGCAUGACAUCGAGUAAGCACAAGUAGUUCGAUUUUAAGCAUGUUUAAGGAUACCGUAAAACGUUAACGAAAUAUUACAGGUAUGAGUAUGUUGUUGUUUUAAUUAUGUUCUUAGGAAAGACUGCCCCAUCUAACCAACUGAUGGCGGUUUAAUCAAUUUUAAAUAAACUCCUGUACUCUGGUGGGCCUGUUAUAAGGUGCGCUACACUUUGCUAUUACUCGUUAUGAAGACCUUUAUUACUUAUCGGACGAGGAGCAUUACCUACAGUUACCAGGUAACUGCAACCUCGACACAUUUUUUUACAAAAGGAAGAAAAAUGAAUUUUUUCGCUCAAAACUCGCCUUGAAAGUUACGGAAGCUGUAUUCUGAGAAUUUUGGAGGUGCAACAUUUAGUUUGGUCAAAGUCUAUGGGUAAAUACAGUAUUUUAAUGCGUUGUUUUAGUGAAGGGUAAGUGUAGUCCAAACCUCUUGCAUGUUGUCGGUUCUUUAAUUACUUUAAAUAUGAAAAAUCAUUGCUGAACAAUGAAGACCAAUUUGAGUUCAUACGGUAACUCCGAUACCUAUGCAAAAAACCCUUCUAUUUUAGCAAUUUACUUCGCUUUCAUUAAUUGAUGUUUGAAACCGAACUGAAUUAUCUCUGCACCGAAGAGGAAUACGAUCGCAAUUAUCCCAGCAAAAUUCACAAGGUAACUAAAUAAAAAAGUUACCUUUUAAUUUUAGCGAAUGAAUGCGCCACCGUUAUUUUUUAAAACAGUUUGUCAUUGCUUAUUUUCCAAAUUACUGUUUCUUGGAUUGGACGCAGUCAAGAUUUGAUACAUCUCUGCUCUUUGCAUUCAAGAUGUUUUAGGAAGGUCUCGCAUAAUCAAAAAUUGAUGUAAAAUUUCUAACCAGAUUGUGCUUCAAAUUCAAUUCACAGUUACAAUUGAAAAUCACAAGUUAUUGUUAAUGAUUUUUAAUUAUUCUACUGAAAUGAAUGCAAACUUGUGAAGACAUCAAAGGAUUCUUAAAUUGUUCACGGAAGCACGAAGUUCUAUUUUUUAUGGCAAAUGAAACUAUACUUUGGAGUCUGAUGGUAUUAUUCAACUGCAGUCUCAAUUCUUUGCGUUAGUUUGAGGAAAUUUUUAAUCAUAUCACGUCUUCAAUUUGAGGAGGGCAUUUUAUUGCAAAUACAGGGUAUGUACCUCUGCAUAUUUACCAAAGUUAUUCCAGAAUCGGAAAUUAAAUCAAAUCAACAAUCACAAGGAUGACCAACAAAAAAAUUUUUGCAUCUGUAUCAAUCGAUUCACUUUAAGUCAAAUCACACUAUAUUACCACUUGGUAUCCUCUCGCAGGAAAGCAACCACAAGUAGGUAAUUGAACAUUGGGAACUAACUCAUAUUUCAGAUGCUACGGGAGCAAUUUAUUCUUGUCUCGAAAUAUCAUUUUAUCGUUUUACAUUGCACAAUUAUAAACAUACUUCAAAGUUACAAAUUCAACAAUAAGUAGUAAUUAUAACAAAACCUGGGAGAAGCAGAUGGACCGAAGAUGAAUAGGUAAUGGUGGUAUUUCAUUUAAUUUGUUGUUAGUGUGUACACUCUGCUCCACUUUUGAGCGAACCAAGUUUAUAAACGAACAGCUGCACUCGCCUACAAACUGCAGUCAUCGGGAGUUCAUCACGAAUAAGAAAGGUAAUGGUAAUAGUUUGACGACAUUCCCCUUGGUUGUAGAUUAUCGCCUCACAAGGAGUACAUGACUUGACAUUAAAUGUGGCAGCAUUUAGAGCGUAAUUAUAAUUGGCAGUGCAGAUGUAUUUCUAUCAAGAAACUGCAGUUUUUACCACUGCCCAGACAAAUCAGAUUGCUUGAUCGGCAGGUUAUUCAUUUUUCCUUGAAAAUCGAUGAACACGGAUCCCUGAAAAGAGUGCUUUUUGGGGUAACUACAAUUUUUUUGCUUAAUUAAUUUUAUUAUAGAGAAAAAUAGUCAUUGCUAUCAUUUUAUUCAUUCAAAUGGGGAAUAAUAUUAGAUAACACGGAAGCAUACCUUACAUUUCCAAUGUACAAAUGCAUCAACAUGUACCCCUUGGUGCCGUUACAAAGUGGCGUUAUUUGCCAACAGUCUGCUUUUCAUGGAAUAUCGGAUCAGGAAAAAAUAUUGAACGACUUCAUAAAUUUAUAAAUCGAGCACUUUUUCAUAGUUCAAUUGUAGACCUUCAUUAAAUUUGCGAAUCUCACCCGAAAGCUUCAAAUUAGCAACAUUAGAAUCGAGGAACGCCAGAUGAAGAUUCAUUUUUUUCCAUUGGGUAACUACAAUCAUUUUCCAUUAACUUUUCUUUAUAGAGAAGAGUAUCAUUAACACAACACAUUCGUCCAAAUUUUUGUUAUCACCAAGUCUGCAACCAGGACGAAGAAACAGUUUUACUUUCGUGCAUAGAUAUAACAUUAAAAGAUCGGAAAAAUUGAGAUCCUUGCCAUCACCUUCCAAACCAACCAAUUUCAUGAAAUACAGGAUCGUGUGAGAAACACUGAAGGAUUUCUGAUAGUCUUUUCAUCAGGCCAGUUUUUAUAAUUCCAUUCUAGAUGUACAAUACACCUUUCAUUAAUUCCAGUCCAGUCGAGGACAGAAAAUGCACAUUUUUUUUUGGGUAACUACAAUUAGUUUCCUUUAACAAUUUUAUUGUAGAAAAAUCACUGCCGCUGCCAUUCUGCACAUUUCAUUUGUUCUUAUCGUGACCUACAUAGCAAUGCAGUCUACUGAUACAAAAUUCCGUCGAUCUCCCAGUGAAUAAUACCGUACCCUUCAGCAGUGAUAAAACAUUGGAGCGAAGAACUAAAGGAUUUCUUAAAGUAGCUCAUGUUAAAGCACCUUUUCUACGUUUAUAUUGUAGACCAUUAUGAGGCUUCAUUUGUAAAGACCAUAAUCAAGUCAGCACUUCGAAAUUUUCGCAAAAUUAGAGAAGAGGCUAAAUCCAAUCGCCAUUUUAUUCAACAACUCAUGUGAAAAUAGCCUACAUACUUGACAGAACAAGAUGACCCAUCAUCGCUUUUCUUCGAACUAGAUUUGGUAGGAUCAAAAUCGGUACAUGGGCAAGAACAGAAAGAUCAAUUUUUGAGAGUGAACAGGACCAUUUUAUCCUAGUUUGGUAACAUUGUUUAACUUCACGUUUUACAGAAGCAAAAGAACACUUCAAGGGUUCUAUUAAAAUUUUUCUUUUGAAACAUUCUUGCGAAGACAUCGAGAUUGUACGCUUGUGCUUCACCAGAGAGAACAUAUGGAGGCUUCAUACAGAUCCACUGCUUGUCGACAGUUUCAUGGGUAAUCCUCCAAAUCUUUGGGUUUUCCAGAACAAAAAGAGCAUUUUUGAAUAUUCAGCUUGCGAGACGCUUUAUCUCAAGAUGUGGUAGAAGCAAAAUGUACAUCCAUAACUAAGAAUGGACAGGACUAUCUUAUUACUAAUGUUUUGCGUGGAAGCAUUUUUUAACUACACAAUUUCCAGAACCAAAGCACUUUUGACAACGUUUUCGUCUCCAAAUAUUUUACAGAGCGAACCGUUUCAUCGAUCAUCUCUCUCUUCGCUCAAACUUGCUUUGACAGAACCAAAAUGAAUUUACUAUCAAGAGACAAAGAUCAUCAUUGAAAAUCAGGAUUUCUUUAUCAUCGUGUGGUACUAUUGUCUAACUUCACGUUUUACAGAACCAACAGAAAAUUUUUGAGAGCUCUACUUUAACAAAUUUUAACAUGCUCGCGACGUUUUACGGCAGCAAAAGAAGACCUCCAUUGGGUGUUGUAAAUGAUCCACUGCUUGUCUGCCACAUGGUAACCUGUUCUUACUUCCAAAUCGUCAUAUUUUCCAGAACCAUAUGAAGAUUGUUAUGUACUGGUGCCGUGAAGCUUCAUUCCGCAUCUUCUCUCUUUGUCAGAACAAAGAAGCAUACAGAUCACAAACUCUCGGUCAUGGGGAGCGAACAGGACUAUCUUAUCAUUGUUCUACAUGGUAGCAUAGUUUAACUUCAUUUUGCAGUACCAAAACGAGCGUUAUAUCCGCGAAUCGACCUCCAUCCCCAUCAUCACAUUUGAACUCUAUAUGGAACCAGCAUCGUUGAAUGUGAAGAAUGAUAUUUCUCUGUCAUUCAGAAAUAGCAAGUCUUAUUUGCUGGAUGCCAUUACUGAAACCGCCUGUUCCAGAAAGACUAGAACAUUUGCGAGUAACUGCGUGUCCUCCAAAGUUGUGCAGAGCCGAACGUUUUGUCAUUUUUUUUGCUGAAUCUAGAUGAAUGCAUCAAGGUGCCGAGGAUGGAUCUUUCAUCAAGAACAAACAGGACCACUAUCGUUCUACCCGUUAACGUUGUUUAACUUAACAUUUUCCAGAACCAAUAAUUUCGGUCAUUCCGGUUGUGGAACAUCAAAAUAUUUUAUAAAUCCAAGAUUUGUUAAUCACAGAUCUCUAGGAGGCUCCAAAAGGACUCGACGGCUUUCAGUCGUUAUUGUGGGUUUCCUUACUUCCAAUUACCAAUUUUUAUGGAGUUGCUCGGGGUCUUGUGAUAGUGCCAACACUGAACAUCAUCAUUGAGAGCAGUUAACACGAAAUCUUGUGUCAUCGUCUUGCGGGGUAACUGGCCUUUCAAUCCAAAUAGUUGCUAUAUUUUACAGACCCAUAAAUCAGAAGAGACGGUCUCUGUCAACUCCUUCGCACCAAAAUCCAUUGGAAGAUCUACUUCGGGAACACUCGUCAUUCAAUUGGGUAAAUACACUAUUGACAAAUAGUCGUAUAUUUUACAGGACUAAAGUGGUUAAGAAACCCCACCGUCAUUUCUCUGAACGAAAAGGACCUGAUUUUUAACAACAAAGACGGUGCAUCAGAAAUUUUCGCGCAGUGUCCAUAUGGUAACUUUUCCUUACCUUCCAAAGUGGAAUGAUAUUUUACAGAACUGACGGAAUUGGGGAGAAAAAGCAAAUCGUGUCUGCAUCAAUAUCCUAACCCAACAUGCACACUAUGAGGAUAGAGACAAUCUACACUUCACCAGUGUCAUGGUACGGUUGCGUUCUUCCAUUUGGAUAUUUUGUUUCACAGAACCGAAGGAAAUUCGAGUAUCUGCAUUUGUACCGCCCUCUGAAGCUCAUUAUCUCGAGUUCGUUUGUCGAAGAUGAUUUCGGCCCAAAGAAUGGUAGAAUAGAGUCCAACUCGCUACUAGGAACAUCUAACGUGGUAACCUUUCCUUAUCUUCCAAAUGGGCUUGUAUUUUACAGAACUGAACUUUUCUCUCGUUACGAUUUUAAGAAGUUUUCGGCUUGAUCUUCCCUUUAGAAUAAUUUGGAGAAGAAACCAACACCCAACAUCCUGACCUUUUUGGUAACUACACUAUAUUUUGAAAUAGUUGUAUUUUACAGAAGCAAAAACUGUUAAAAACCGCAAGAUUGCAUGGUGGUAAUUAUAGUUUCACUUAUAAUCGAGAGCUCACGUACUCUGCAGUGAUAGGUCAGUGUAUAGUGAAAAGUUAGUAGGUAUUUAAAGUUUCUUUGUCAAGCUGUCGUGGUACUUCUUCAGCAUGUGCCAUUUGUUUUUUAGAAUUUCGGCUUUUAUAACCAAAAUCCUAUUUGUUAAUUCUAAUUGUUUUACCAUGUAUAUUACUUUGUUAAGUUUAGACCAUAACCGCCAAACUAGAGCACACGAGGACACUUGAAGCUUCCACAUAGGCUUUUCUAACCCAUUGCAAGCACGUUUUACUUGCUUUCUUUGGAAAAGUGUUUUUAAUUUUAAACUAUAUUUGUCACUAGUUUAUAUACUUUCCGUACAAUCUAUUGGAUUUUUGCAUGUAUUUGGUAUUGUUCAAAAGUAAUUGUUCUAUUCAAUGUUUAAUGUUACUUUAACAUAUAUUUCUGGUUAAGGGUUUGCAUGUAAGCCAACGAAUUGUUUUCAUAGUGGUUUUAAAAUCUGAAUGUUCUGUGAAAAUUUCCUAAUAUUGUGGGACACGCUUUGUGAAUAUGCAUGCUAGUUAUCCGUGAUUUGUGAAGUUCAAGAGUUGUGUUUCACUGGUGAGUUCAUUUGUCCACUUUUACCAAAUAAGGGCGUACUUAAGUCAUCACUUCUAAACUGCUUUUGAAACGAUCCAAUUUUUCUUGGAAUCAUAGGAAGAAAAAAUCAACUUUUACAUCAACUAGCUCAUUUCGACUGAUGUGGGAAUGGUUUUUUCAAGCCUCCGCCUAGUCUUCAUUGGAAGAGUUACGUCCCGUGCAAUAGAAAUGGAAUUACAAAUCUUAGGUUUGUAUGCUCAACCAAAUUUUUUUCAUAGGAUGUUUCAACAACUUAAAUAUCAGCAUUUGCAUCAAAAAUAAAAUGCCAGUUCAUUUGAACGAAGAGGAAACAAUUCACUAAGGAAGAAGAAGAAAAGGAUGUCGCAAGAUGCUCAAGAAGAAUGGAAUGAAGAUGAUUGGCUGACAUGAAGAUCGUUUCAAUUUAAAUCUGAUUGAUUUGCGUAAAUCUUUUGAAUGCCGACUGCCCAUUGGCUUUAUUGUUAAAUGGAUUAGAACAACUGGAUUACCUAUGGGCAAUGCUGAUUUUGCUGUAGGAAGAGGAAUCGACGUCGAGGGAUUAGUUUCAAGGAUGAAGAGGAAUGGGCACAUAUUUGUCUGGGAUGGAGACGAUUUGAUGAAACUGGAUUGGAGAAUGGUUUCCAAAGAAGAGGUCAAUUGAGAAGAAUGGAAGAAGAUUCGACCCUAGUUUCCUGAAGAAGAGACAACAUGGACUGGUAAGAAGUUCGACGGCGGAGAUUUGACAAGGAAGAAGUGAGGUGACUGAUGGAGUACAGAAUUCGGCGUGGGACAGGACUACCAAAUGGAAGAUUCGACAUGGGACGGCGUCGCUUAAUGGAGAAGGGGAUUUGGCGUGGGCCAGCAACCACCAAAUGGAGAAGAGGAUUUGACAUGGGUCAACAUCACCAAAUGGAGAAGUUUCAACGUAGGGCUAUCGCCAAUUGGAGAAGAGAAUUAAUUUCGCAUGGUUUUGCAUAAACGACGAGAAGAGGAUUGGAUGUUGGGUAGCACCACCAAAUGGAGAAGAGGAUUGGACGUGAAUCAGCACCGCCAGAUGAAGAGGAUUUGAAUGGGCUAGCACCACCAAGUGGAGAAGAAUGAUGGACGUGAAACGGCACCACCAGAUGGAGAAGAGGAACUAAAUGUAAACGUUCUAUGUGGGAUAGAAUUGCAUGCCAAAUGGAGAAGAGGAGAUUAGCCAACGCCGACAAAUGGAGAAGAGGAUUCGACGCGGGACAGGACUGUAAAAUGAAGAAGAAAUUCCAUGUGAGAGGAUUGCCUGCCAAAUGGAGAAGAGGAUUCGAUAUGGCCCAGUGCCGCCAAAUGGACAUGAGGAUUCAACGCGGGACAGCACCACCAAAUGGAGAAAUUCGACGCGAGAGUAUUG